GCACUGUUCGCAGUCGUCUCAUCCCUAAUUUCUGACGUCGUAUUGCUUUUUUUCGGCAAAAUUCAUGCAAAAUAAUUGAGGAUUGUCACCAAAGUUGGUUUGAUUGUUGUUGCACCUCGAGGAUGAGCAACCGCCUUGCGAUGAACCUGGACAUGUCCGAGAUAAUCGAGUUCGUGCUGCCCGCCAAGAGCGAGUACUCGGACGACGACGGCGGAGGAGCUGGUGCCGUGGGCAUGGUGGACGCCAGCGAGGAUGCCACAUACGUGGUUCUGGACGGCCUGGGCAACGAGUACGACGAGGAGUUCCUGAUCGUCAACGAGGACGGCGUGGAGGGCGAACUGCUGGUGGACGAGGAGCUGCAGGGUCUGCUGGUGGGCUCCCGGGUGAAGGAGUCAUCGCUAGACGAGCAGAAUGAGCAGUUUGUGGUCACCGAGCUGCAGCUGAGCGAAAUGGAAGAGCUGGUGGAGGAGGAACAGGAGCAGGGCGACUACGAACACGAGCUCAGCUAUGCCCAUCUGCCCAUUGCCGAGGAGCCAGAAGAUCUGGAUAUGGAUGCACCUUCGUCGCCCUCCCCGCCGCCAUCACCAACGCCACCACCGCCAACGGUGCCUUCUGUGCAGCCUGCUGGCAAAAUGAGAUCUUCAUCCGCCCUCCAGAUCGCCAUACGCAGCUUUGCGAGCCAAAAUGACGACGAUGGCAGCGUCAAGGAUGUGAAGCCCAGCGAAAAGAUGUUGGAUGAGUUUAAGGGACCGCGCCGCUACUUGCUCUUCGACGACCUGAUAGCCACCAUCGUGGAUUUUGACGACGACAGCACACCCAUUGUGGAGUUCUCCAUGAUCACCGACAUGCUGGACGAGAAGCUGCCAGUGGAAUGCGGUAUCUGUCCGGAUGUGAUGCACAAGACCAAGCUGUCCAAGCACCAGAAGACCCAUUUAGUGGCGGGGACCAAUCGCUACGCCUGCAUCUACUGCACGGAAACGUAUCGCGACUGCAAAUACCUGGCCGGACACGCUCGCCGCCACAUGGGCAUCCGUCCGUACGUCUGUGAACUGUGCACUCUUUACUUCUCCACCAAACAGGACCUACGCGUGCACAAUCAGCGGCGUCAUCUGGAAAAGGAGCAUAUCUGUGAGAUGUGCGGCAAGACAUUCGCCCAAAAUACCCAGCUUAAGCGUCACCGCGAGGCGACGCACGAGAAGAAGCGACGAUUCCAGUGCCAAUACUGUCAGAAGGCCUACUACAAAAACUUCUCGCUGCAGGAGCACAUACGCAACGUCCACAUGGGCAAGCGAAGGAUGUUGAAGUGCCCGUUCUGCGGCAUGCAGUGCCGCGAUGCCCACAAAAUGGCCCGCCAUCGCAAGGAGAUGCACCUGAGCCAGGGCACGUAUGUGUGCCACCUGUGCCAGGAGGAGUUCACCGACAUCAACUACUUCGAUGCCCACAAGCGGUCCAUCCAGUGCCGGAGCAACACGCGUCGCUUUGUGAAUAAUAGGGAUGGUGAUGAAAAUCAGGGAGGCUCCGGCUCGGGAUCUGUUUCAGGUGGGAUGAUGGACGGCCAGGAGGAUGAUGACGACGGCAUGGGCAUGCUGGAGGAGGAGUACGACGAGGACGACGGUCUGCUGGUGGAGGAGGGCCAGGCGGAGGAGCAAGUGACAACCAAUGGGCAUUACAUCAACGAGGGCGAGGCGCAGUACGUCCAGAUUUCGGACUACGAUGAUCAGCGCCUGUUGGUGGAGAACGCGGUCACCGAGGAGGACGACGAGGAUGUCGAGGAGGAGCUGCUCAGCGAGGAGCAAUACUUUAAUGCUGUACAACAGCACCAUCACCACCAGCAGCAGCAGAUCCACCCCCAGCUGGAUCCACAUGGUCAGGACUACCACGACGAGCUGAUAUAUGAAAUCACCUUGAAGACUGAGGAUAAUUGAGUGCCGCUCCCCUGUGCAAAUUGUAAAUAGGACCCAAUUGAAUAAUAUCAUGUAAACAAUUUA